AUGCCGUCGAAACCGGUCAAUCGUCCCAAUGAUCCCAAGGAGAAGGAGCAGAGUAUUAACCAAAAGCUCCAACUGUACGGGAUCUAUCAUGGCAUAAAGCGCGGCAAGAUGCCGUCAAACAAGCAAUGCGAUAUCGCGUUGAACAGUGCCCUUCAAUCCAAUGCUCUCUCUUCUCCGUCCAGGGAGUUGUCCGAGGAAGGUCAGACACUGGUCAAGGACCUUCGGAAUGUCAUUGACCAAGCUAGAAAGUUGAUCAUGAGUAAGAACGAAGGCCAACUGCUUCAGGACCUCAUCUGGGAGGCUCAGCAUCUCGGCUCGGUGGAGGCAAAGAAGCCUGGUGCCACCGUCGAUAAGGACGGCGCUAGGCAGGAUGGUAACCAGGCCAUGGAUGGUCUGAGGACACUGGGCACCCUUUUGAUCACCAACGGGGAGUUCAGGAAGAUUCUGAGCGAUGCGCUGGUCAUCGUACGCGACAUGGCUAACGAUGCCUCUCAGCACGCUCCCACUAAAAUUCGCCCAUCCGAAGAACAGCUUUCUCAGAUCGAUCAACCUGCUGAGGAGAAUGAGUGGCACGAAAAGCCAGCAGGCUUGCCAACAGAGCAGCUCAAGUCUCGAUUCAAGAAUAACAAAGGGGAUCGUGCGAGCGAAUUUUCUGAUUCCGCUACUGGUAAUCAUACUGCAGAGGUGUCAAAAGAGUCAACCAAGGACCGCAAACGCCAGGCCUCUGGCAAGACCAAAGAAUAUUUAUCGGAAAAGAUGCCUCCAGAGCGACGCGACCAGGCCAUCCGGCGUUUGAAGAAGAUGGUGAUGGAAAUUCAAGGCCACACUGACUACCAGAAAGCCAUCGAGACCCUACUUUCUCUUGCGGAGAAGUAUGCUCGACAGACCAACGAUAUUUCUCAGCAAGGGACUGGUUCGGUCAGGGAAGUUGGAGGCAACCAAGGCGUGAAAACCGUUGAGACCAAUCUCAGAACAUUAUUGGAGCGCUUCGCCAACAGCACGUCAUUGGAUGGCUUCUUUGAUUCUCUCGAGACUAUCUACAAGGAUGCAGACAAGGAUCGUGAACUCAAGGGGUGGUUCAAGAAUGUCGACACUUUUAUCAGGAAGAGCUUGCAAGAGCAAGGUUUUGUCAUGGGUAGCCAGUGCAAUCGUGAAUGGAACCACCUAUAUGAUCAUGGUCAGUACCUGUUGCAAGACCGGUACAAGGCCCACACUGAUCACAUCCUGGAUGAAAUCAAAUUCUUCUCUGAGCAGUACAAUAAGGAUGCCCAAAACAAGGCAUUUGGUCAGUCUAUGGAGAAGCUCCUCACUGAUCUUGGGCACAACACAGAGGGCAAGGUCAACUUCAAGAAGCACCUCCUUAAAGAUAUUGGAUAUGUGAUUUUGCCAUCUAUCCUUGCGCAUAUUCACUACAUGCCAAUCCCUCGCAUUGAGUUCGGGGAUCCCACUGUUGAUGUGGUGGUGGAAAACCUGGUCAUUGAAAGCGACAAUUUGAUGCCCAAUAUCCUUGAAUUUGGCAGCGACAAUUACUUUCGCUGGGGACGCCAGAAGCUCAGCAGCAAGCAGGACAACAAGAUGAUGAUCUCUGCUUCUGGAAUCCAAGCAGACCUCACUGAUGUCAGCUACUACAUAAAGAAGAAGGCAGGCUUCCCAUCCAUCUCAGAUAAGGGUCUUAUGGAUAUUUCCCUUGGUGGCAAAGGCUUAGGUUUCAAGAUUGACGCAUCUAUUGCCCAAAAGGAAGACAAUGAGCAUUUUGUCAAGCUAGACAAAGUCUCCAUAAGCAUCUCAAACAUGGACAUCAAGUUGCAGAAGUCCAAGCACAAGCUCCUCUUCAAAACCUUCAAGCCUCUCUUAUUCCGUGUGAUUCGUCCAGUUCUGCAGAAAGUUCUUGAGCAGAAGAUUCGCGAGGCCUUUAUCAAUGGUGAUAGCUUCUUCAAUGAAGUACACACAGAGGCUAAGAGAGCACAGGAAUCCGCCCAGAAGAAUAACCCUGAGGAUGAGACGAGCAUCUACUCCCGUCACCUGGAAAUUUUUCGGUCGAAGAUGUCAGAGAGAAAGAAAAAGUCCCAGGAAGAGACUGCUAAGCGUGACAGCAAGGUCGAAGCAACCGCCAAUCUCCGCGACUCCCAGUUCCCCGAAAUCAAGCUUCCUGGUGGUAUUUCCACCAAGGCCACAGAGUAUGUAGAGCUUGCUGAGAAGGGUGAGCGUUGGGAGUCGCCCAUAUUUAGCAUUGGUAAUGCGUCUGAAUCUACUGACAUCCCCAAGUCAGCAGCCAUCACCCGUAAGGACCACGGCACCAAGAGGACUGCUGACAGAUACCCAUCUCAUGGGUUCUCGGGCGAUAUUAAUCAGGCAUUCAACAAAGCAGACGGCACUGUGGCCUCCAACGGCUCGUCGAAGAAGGUCGCUAAUGGAUCCACCAUUGUUGAUGGUCCCUUGAAUGCGUUCAUUCCCCAGAAUGCUUAA